AUGGAAAGAUUUAUUGAAACUGGAGCAAGUGAGGCUGCUUUUUAGAUUUUAGAAAUCCUGCAAUAUUAUUUAGAUAUUUCUUUACUAGAUAAAAGCCCUAGCCAAAGUGAAAUUAUGAAAUAUGGCAAUCUUUAAAAAGAAACACCUUUGAUUAUAUUUUUCUAGAAGCAGUAGAACUACUAAAACAUUCUUAUGGCAAUAUAAAAUCUUCAAAGAGAUUAUGACAUACUUGGAUUGAAAUUGACUGAGUCUUCCCUCUUGUAAAGAUAAAUUGACUAAUUCAGUUUACUUUAAAUAGAAGAAGAAAAAUAAUUGGUAUCUAUUCCUCGGGAAAAUUAAAUUUAGGAAUUCAGCAAAGAGGAUUAAGAUUUGAUUGACAUUUAUGGAGAUAGAAUUAAAUUUGUUGAAUGGUACUUUGAAAAUAAUGAUGUUAUUUAGAGAUAGGCUCUAUAGAGACAAAAGUAAAAAGAAUACAUGAGAGCUAAUAUUAAUCAAAUACACUAGAUCUUACCGAAGAAUUUCAAAUUCUUCAAUGAGGUUGGCUAUCAAUGUUUGAGUCCUGAGCAAUCAAAAUUAAUUGAAAAUGUUUAUCAGGAAUAUCUCACUAAGGGAGGUCUUUAAGAAACUUUUAUUUAGUCAGGAGAUGAUAUCUAUAGCAUUAGAUUUUAAUAGGAGCUAUAUUAAAAAAAUCAAGGAUGGAGAAUCGUAAAUUCUAUUUCUUAAAUUGGCAGGGAGCUUUUUAGAAAAAUAAAACUAAAAGGUCCAUUUUAAAAAUAAAAGACUGUUCGCUUCUAUUUAAUUAAUCCAUUGAAUAACAAUGUUUUAGAAGAAAUUACUGAUUUAGCAAUAAUUUAAAAUUUGAAGAAAGCUUAUGAAACAGUUCAAAUAAAAAAUAAAGAGAAGACAUAAGUACUGCAAUUCAGAGGAGAGAAAGUCAUAUUAUAUUUGAAUCCUCAAGCUCUUCAUGAUAUAAAACUACUGAGAUUAGAUGGAACAGGCAUUUAUACUUUAUUACCCAAAACAUCAUCUACUAAAUGGGAUUAUGUGGCUACUUUCAAGCCGACUGCCAGACUUUCUAUUUAGAGUGGUUAAAUCUAUUGCAAAGAAUUGUUACAAUCAACUUCUCUUGAGUAUUAAUUCGUACAACAAAAAUUUAUUUCAACUUUUCAUGACAACAGAAUUCGACAAUAAUCCUCCUUGAAUAAUCAAAUAAAUGCAGCUCAAUUAAAACCAAAUAUACUUAGAAUUGAAAAGAUUUACAACUGUGUGAUUUAUGAAAGAUUUGUAAAUGAAUAUAAAAGAAUGCUUAGAAAAUAUACUAAUUUAUAGCCAUCACAAAUAUUGAAGCAUUUAUUUCAUGGAACAAAAGAAACUCAGCCUUAGUUAAUUUAUGAAUCAGAGACAGGGCUAGAUAUCAGAUUUUCUAGAAAAGGUUUGUAUGGUGAAGGAGUCUAUUUUGCAGAUAACUCAGCUUAUUCUAAUACCUACUGCUCCAAAACAACAUGUAAUGAGAGCUAAAUGUUUCUUGCCUUGGUCUUGGUAGGAGACAGUGUCUAUUAACCAUAAAAUUAAUCAAUCAGGAUACCACCACUGAAACCAAUUAGUAGAACUGACAGAUAUGACUCAAUAAACAAUGGUUAAGGAGGUCAUUACAUUAUUUAUGAUAAUUUGAAAAGCUAUCCAGGAUAUCUUAUCACUUAUAAAAGCUAUUGA